AUGUCGGGCGGUGAGGUAAUUCGAAAGCGCGCAGCGGCACCAUCACCCGCUGCUGCCGGCGGCCCCCCGGCUGAGCGUGUGCCGUGCCGUUCGCAGGCGCCGUGCUGCGGGAAGCUGUACGCCUGCCGGCUGUGCCACGAUGGCGCCGAGGGGCACCGGCUGGACCGUUUCCGCGUUGCCGAGGUGCAGUGCACCCGCUGCCGCCUCCUGCAGAAGGCGCAGCAGCGCUGUGAGGGCUGCCACAGCCUCUUCGGCGAGUAUUACUGCGGUAUCUGCCACCUCUUCGACCGCGACAAGAAGCAGUACCACUGCGCCGAGUGUGGCAUUUGCAGGAUUGGUCCAAAGGAAGACUUUUUCCACUGUUCAAAAUGCAAUUUAUGCCUAAGCUUGAGUCUUCGAGGAAAGCACAAGUGUAUUGAAAAUGUCUCCAGGCAGGACUGUCCAAUAUGUUUGGAGGAUAUUCACACAUCUCGUGUUGGAGCUCAUGUUCUGCCAUGUGGUCACCUUCUUCACAGAACAUGUUACGAGGACAUGCUAAAGGAAGGUUACAGGUGUCCUUUGUGCAUGCACUCAGCUUUAGAUAUGACAAGGUACUGGCGUCAGCUGGAUGAUGAGGUAGCGCAGACUCCUAUGCCCACAGAGUAUCAGAACAUGAUGGUGGAGAUCCUCUGCAAUGACUGCAAUGCCCGGUCUACAGUGCAGUUCCAUCUCCUAGGCAUGAAGUGCAAAAACUGUGAAUCGUACAAUACCGCCCAAGAUGGAAGAUGCCGGCUGACUUUGGAGGAGCAGUGACCAAGAUACCUGCUGCCUUCAGCUGGGCAAGAAAAACUGUUGUGGAGGAGACUAUCUAUUUAAGAAAACCCCCCACUUAUCAGUAAAAUCUUUUUUCUGAAGUUAUCAUGGCACCAAUGAAAUGGUUACAGGAUUUAAUUAAUGAUGGUGCAAAGGAGUUUUGCUAAUUGUGCUCCUCUCCCUAGUAGCUGGGGCACAGCACAGUCAGGCCCUUCAGGAAAUUCCUCAUCGAGAAGUGUGAUGCCCAUCAAAGGUUAGUUUUUGGAGAGAACUACCCUUUAGAAGAGUCAUUUACUCUCUGAGAAGAGACAGCCUAGAAGAAUAACUAAUGAGAUGCAAAAUGAGAAAUGCUCAGCAGCUGACGCAGCAGAAGAUGUUUUGGGGCAGCUGAAGGUUGUGAGCAUAGCAGGAGGUGGAGGUACAGCUAUGCUGGUUGCAGCUGUUGAGGAAAAUUGGUAGCUUUGAGAGCAGCCUUUUUACAUAAAGCUGACAUCUGCAAAGUUUUUAUGUUAGUAUGUUUUGUUCCUUUUAAAUGACGUGUUUGUUCUAGGGCCUCGGAGCCAUCGGCGCAAGUGGCUGGAGAAGGGUGAGCUUGCAGAAAUUGCGUCCUUUGGCUUGAUCUGUUGACGUGUGUGCGCACGGAAUCCAUUUUGAAACAAGGCUGGCCGGCCUGCCUGCCUGUGUAUGGUGAACGGCCUAAAAAUCAAGCGACAAGGCCGCCGUUCUCCCCCAGACACCCUUCUGCCCUGCUGUCUUCACUCCAGUUCCUUUGCCAGCUGCAGUUGCAUUUACACCCGUUUCUUCCUCCUUUUGCGUUAUUCACUUACAAAGGCCGAGGUGUCAUAGGGUUUUAGCUGUGUAUGUAGCUUGAUGUUUUGAUGAUUAAGUACACAAAGUGAAGCACAUACUUGUCUUGUCAUGAUUGACAUUGGGCCAAAUAGUUCAGGCUGGGCCUGAGAUGUUUGCUGAAGUAACAGCAGCUCAUAGAGGCACUCAUGUAGUGCAGGGACCAAUUUUCUGUGGUUUGGGGUUUUUUUUAAUGGUGUCUGAUUCCAUUGGAGGGAGAGAACAGAGGAUGGAGGAGUAUUUUUAAAAACAACAGACCUUCACACCCUUCUUCAUGUGAUAUUGUGCCCAGUGUUUUGCAGUCUAAAUAUUAAAGUUCUUAGUUCCUGAGAAUUUGAGAACAUGCCAAUAGUUUCUAAUAAUGAAAUUAAA